CGAGCUGCGCUCAUGGCCAGGCUCUGGAUCUGCGUGGGGACCGCCACCUUUUUCCUGGCCUUUCUGGUUUUCCAUUCCCGCUUCUGCAGGUCGCCGGGCUUAGGAAGCUUUGCUUUUGUUGUUUCCUGGAGAACAGAGAAACCUCUUUACCGUUUAGAUGUAGGCUGGCCUAAGUAUCCAGAGUACUUCACUGGUACAACAUUUUGUGUUGCAGUAGACUCCCUUCACGGAUUGGUUUAUGUAGCACAGAGAGGGGAUAACAUACCAAAGGUAUUAGUGUUCACAGAGGAUGGAUAUUUCCUACGAGCCUGGAAUGACACUGUUGACACACCUCAUGGUAUCUUUGCAGCCAGUACCCAAUAUGAACAAUCAGUCUGGAUCACGGAUGUAGGAAGUGGAUCCUACGGACAUACAGUGAAAAAAUACAACUCCUUUGGUGACCUCAUUCAAGUUCUGGGUACCCCAGGCAAAAAAGGGAGUAGUAUAAAUCCAAUCCAGUUUGAUAACCCAGCAGAGAUAUAUGUGGAAGACACUGGAGAAAUUUACCUUGUGGAUGGAGAUGGAGGACUGAAUAACAGGCUGCUUAAAUUGACCCAAGAUUUUGUGAUGCAGUGGAUUCGUGGGGAAAAUGGAACAGGUCCAGGUCAAUUCAACAUUCCACAUAGUAUAACAGUUGAUUCAACUGGUCGGGUAUGGGUUGCUGACAGAGGAAACAAAAGAAUCCAAGUAUUUGAUAAAAAUACAGGGGAGUGGUUGGGAUCAUGGAGUGAUUGUUUCAAAGAAGAUAGUCCUUAUUCUGUCAGGUUUACUCCUGAUGAGAAAUACCUCAUUGUUGCCCAGUUGAAUAUCAACAGACUCAUUCUAUUAUCUGCACCGCCUAUAGGGAACAUUGGAGACUGUGUUGUGGUAAGCACAGUCCAGCUAGCCAGCCAAGUGUCACCCCAUCUUGUGGACGUUGAUAGGAAGACUGGAGCGAUCUAUGUGGCAGAACUUGGGGCAGAACAGGUUCAGAAAUAUGUCCCAUUAAAAUAAAUAACUAUCUUCCUUCACUUAGAUAUUCAUAAAUUUACUUUUCCCAAUGCAUGACCAUUACAGAUAUUUCAGUGGAAAGCUUUUGUGAUUUUCUCACUAAUGACUAAAUACUCAUGUAAGAAUUUAGUGUUCUGGUAUAUUCUUUUUAAAAAACGCUUCAGGAAGCUGUUUUUUUUUUAAUUAAUAAUCAUUGAAUCCAGAUAUUUUGUUGGUACCAUCACAUCUUAGCUUCUUUUGUUUUAGAUUAAAGGGCAAUUUAAGAGAGAAAAUGUGAUUCCAAAGAAUUGGAAUAAAAGGUACAUCAUUUUGAUAUUGAACCAAGUAACUUUCCCAUGGAAGGUUGCCUUUGGGGUGGGGAGUAAUGUUAUAGAUACAAGACUUGAAGGAUAUUUUUUAAUGCUUUUCCAGAAACAGUCUGCAAGUCUCAAACUGUUAUGAUCCAUAUAGUGAAUGGCAAGUGAGAUUGUUAGGCAGCAGACAUGGAUUUUAGGACAUCAGAAGCAUGCCAUUGAACUCAUUUUGUUUCUAUGGCUUUGAAGCAUAUCGUUUAAUUCUUUUAAUUUAAUAAUAUAGUAGUACCUAUGCACUUUACCACAAAAGAUUUAAAAAAUAAAACGUUGUGAGCUUUUGCUUCUUAAGCCUGUUCCCUUAGUAAACAUAGAAGGUAAAAAAGAAUUAAUACAUCUACCUCAGGGAGGUAUUGGGAGAAUUAACAUGCUGGUGUUUGCCAAAAAUGUUGAGGUGCUGAGAUCAAUGUUUUUUCUCUUUCUAUGUUUCUGUUCCUGUACCAUUCUUUCAUGUGAUAUACCAGCUUAAUUAUAACCAAUUUUCAGUUUGUUCUUUUCUAUUCCAGUACUUGAUGCUUACGUUGGCAUAUUUCUUGGCUAACUACCUUUUCCUGUUAUUAUCAUGUACUCCCUACAUCACUUGAUAGUAUUAUGUACCUGAAUUAGUUAUAGCACAUGUUUACUCUUAGCGUGUUUUCCCUCACAAGUCAGCAGAUACCCCAGCCAGCCACCCUCUGAGACCUGUGUUAGUUUUUCAUAAUUCUGGUUCAUUUCAAUGUUGGCCUAAGUAAAAUAAAAUUACUAAGUGAAGUGUCUCUGCAGAAAUCACAUAAUGUGUUUGAAAGGCAAAUACAGAUGAUUUUGUGGUUAUCCAUGCAACUCUAGUAAUCUGGAGUUAAGAGUUUAUGAGUCAGCAUGUUGUGUUUUUGCUUUGACUGUACUUUAUUUUGGUAUAUUCUUUGGAAUUUAAUUUGUACAAAGCCAGGAACUAGAUGAUUUGGAAGCUCAUUUCUGUUAUUUAGGACUUGGUACAACAACUCUCUUUAUAAUUACCUUAUAACUUUGGUAGUUGAACUUUGGAUAGUCAUCAGCCCCACUGUCACCACAAUCAUCUUUGUGCACAGGUGAUUUUUUUCCUUCUGUAUAACAAUCUGGCAUAAAAUCACGUAAGGGUUGGUUUUAUUUCCAAUCAGCUUAAGGGUAUCCUGGGUGCUACUGGGAUAGUUAAAUUUAAUGUAGCUUCCUUGAUUACCUAGAAACAAUAUCAGUAAGUAGGAAGUGGUGCUGUAUAACUUCUAGCUACCAGACUAACCUGGUAGUUAGCUUAAUGAUUUUGAAAUUGCAGCUUUCCCACAAUUUUGCCGAUUCCUUUUCUAUAUAUGGGAGGCAGCAUUGUAUGAUGACAAGAAUGUUGGAGUUAGAAGGCUGAAAUUGAGUGUGGACUCUUGACUAGCUGAACCCAUGGUGACAUACUAACCAUGUGACUAAAGGCACAGACUCACAGUAGUAGUAUGGCUAUGAGCAAUUCACUUACCCUUACUCAGCCUCAAUUUCCUCAUAAAAGAAAAUGGAAAUAAUGAUACUUGUACUACCUACCUCACAGGGUUGUUGUGAAUAAAGUGUUUUGUAAACCUUAAAACCCUAUAUAAAUUUUAGUAAAUUAUUCCUAGAUUAUCUUAGGAAAUUGUCUUGGCCAGGGUUAAUAACCCGUAAAUUGGCUCCGUUAUUGUAGUACAGAUACAUGAUUUUUGAGAGAGUAAAAGUAUGGGUUAUUUUUGUGAGUCAUGUUAUUCUUUAGUGCCAUGGGCAAAUUAGAACUUUAUAUAAACACAAGACCUAGUGGAAGAAUUCAGGAUUUUGGAUAUCUAAAUUUAGUCCUGAUUAUCAUUUUAACUAGCUUUUGUGACUUUGAGCAAGUUACUUCUUCACAUCUUUUCCUCCUCUGUCAAAUGAGUCAUAGGAUUAUGGCUGUCAAGCUGGAAGGGAAGAAGUAAUAUCUGCCCUCCUACUUUGGAAGAAUGUUGUCUGGGCCAAAUGAUACCAUGUAGAUAAUAAAAGCACUUUGAAAAGUUUUAAAGCACAUGUGCACCUAUGCAAACACAAAGAUAUUGUUAGUACAUGAAUAGAUAACAUUAAUGCCAUGUCUUGCUAUCUAAUAAUUUCUGAGUAUUUUUAUUGCUUUCAUCAAAAUAGAGCCCCUCUCUCUCAGCCUCAGUAUCGUUAUCUGUAAAAUGGGGGUGAUAAGAAUGCUUUAUUAUUUCUUUCACAGGGUUGUUGAGGAUCAAAUGAAAUAAUAAAUGCCAGUUACCUCAUUUUGAAAUCUAUAUACAGAUCAAUGCUUGUUGAUUGAUUUUGGAGGGGUUAGUUUGGGCUUUUGUCACGGGGGGGGGAUUGGUUAACUACUCAUUUUGUAGUUUUCACAUUUGAUAUUGUAAACCAGAUUUCUGCAGAUAACUUGCUAAUAAAACUUUUUUUAAUCAG